AUGGGUCACUCCAAUUCUUCAUCGCCGUCUAAGCGCAUCCACACGCGACAGUGGCGGCUCCUGGACCUUGUCUCCGGCGUGUUAUUUUUUCUUGUGCUGCUCUUCUUCGCCAUGGUCUUCACCCCGCUCGGCGACUCGCUCGCCGCCUCCGGCCGCCAGACUUUACUCCUCUCCGGUGCAGACCCCCGGCAGCGCAACAUGCUUGUGGCGGCGGUCGAGACGUUGGGGCGCGGCGUGGAGGCGUGCCCCGCCGAUACGGCGGACUACAUGCCGUGCGAGGAUCCGAGGCUGAACAGCCAGCUGAGCAGGGAGAUGAACUACUACAGGGAGAGGCAUUGCCCAAGGCUGGAGGACUCCCCACUCUGCUUGAUUCCGCCGCCGAGAGGGUACCGGGUACCGGUGCUGUGGCCCGAGAGCUUGCUCAAGAUAUGGCACAGCAACGUGCCAUACAACAAGAUUGCUGACAGGAAAGGUCACCAGGGAUGGAUGAAACUAGAAGGUCAACACUUUAUAUUCCCUGGAGGUGGUACAAUGUUUCCAGAUGGAGCAGAGCAAUAUAUUGAAAAACUUCGUCAAUACAUUCCAAUAAGUGGAGGUGUUAUGAGGACUGCACUUGACAUGGGGUGUGGGGUUGCUAGUUUUGGAGGAUUUUUGCUAUCUCACGAUAUUUUAACCAUGUCGUUUGCUCCAAGAGAUUCUCAUAAAGCUCAAAUACAAUUUGCCUUGGAAAGAGGAAUACCGGCUUUUGUUGCUAUGCUUGGUACUCGAAGACUCCCAUUUCCUGCAUUUGGAUUUGACUUAGUUCAUUGCUCUAGGUGUUUGAUCCCAUUUACAGCCUACAAUGCCUCUUAUUUCAUUGAAGUGGACAGAUUACUUCGCCCUGGUGGAUAUUUAGUUAUCUCCGGUCCCCCUGUUCAGUGGCCUAAACAAGAUAAAGAAUGGUCUGAUCUCCAGGCUGUGGCAAGAGCCUUGUGUUAUGAACUGAUUGCUGUAGAUGGUAACACUGUGAUCUGGAAGAAGCCUCCAGGAGAAACAUGUCUUCCUAAUGAAAAUGAAUUUGGUCUUCAGUUAUGUGAUGAAUCUGAUGAUCCAAGUCAAGCUUGGUACUUCAAAUUGAAGAAAUGUGUCAGUAGGACAUCUGUCAAAGGAGAUUAUGCUAUUGGGGUCAUUCCUAAUUGGCCAAUGAGGUUAACUGCAACACCUCCAAGAUCCUCACUCCUGAAAAAUGGUGUUGAUUUGUAUGAGGCUGACACUAAGAGAUGGGUAAGGAGGGUGGCACACUAUAAGAAUUAUCUACGGAUCAAGUUGGACACUCGAUCUGUACGCAAUGUCAUGGACAUGAAUGCAUUAUUUGGGGGUUUUGCUGCAGCAUUAAAAUCUGAUCCUGUCUGGGUAAUGAAUGUUGUUCCUGCUCACAAGCCACCCACUCUUGAUGUUAUCUUUGACAGAGGCCUUAUUGGAGUCUAUCAUGAUUGGUGUGAACCAUUUUCAACAUACCCCCGUAGCUAUGAUCUAAUCCACGUGGCCAGCAUUGAAUCCCUUAUAAAAGAUCCAGCUUCUGAUAAAAGCAGAUGUAGUCUUGUUGAUUUGAUGGUGGAAAUUGAUCGAAUGUUGCGUCCCGAGGGAUCUGUGGUGAUAAGGGAUGCUCCUGAAGUAAUCGACAAAGUAGCUCGCAUUGCUGGAGCAGUGAGGUGGAAGCCUACCAUUUAUGAUAAAGAACCCGAGUCAAACGGCAGAGAAAACAUUCUUGUUGCAACCAAGACUUUCUGGGAGCUCUAG